CCGCACCGGCCCCGGCACCGGCACCGGCCCCGGCCGUCCGAGCAUCCGCCUCCCGCUCCGCGUUGCCAGGCCAACGCCGCGGAGGAUGCUGGCAGCCCCUGCGCCUGGGCUGCCUCCGCAGCGUGGCGGGCAGCGCGCCCCACGCCUCUCCAUGGGGCUCACACCGCCGCCGGCAUCCUGCCUGCUUCUGCGGACAGGGCCGCAGCUCGGCCCACCGGGGCCGCAGGGCCGGGGACCGACCCAGAGCUGCGUCCCAUCCAGGAGCCCCGGCGCAGACCGUAGCCCGGACAGCCCCUGGCCAGCCCUCCAGCAGCAUGGCCCACCAGGACGGCGAGCGGGGGCUGCAGCCGCCGGCACUCACAGGCCCCGAGCUGGAGUGCAAGAUAUGCUACAGCCGCUAUGACACCCGUGCCCGCAGACCCAAGCUGCUCCGCUGCGGCCACCGCCUCUGCGCCAAGUGCCUGCGCAAGAUGGUGGUGCUGGGGAACGUGUCACCCCACCAGCUCCGCUGCCCCUUCUGCCGCCAGCACAGCCCAGUGCCCGGUGGAGACGUGCAGCAGCUACAGGAUGACAGCGAGGUGCUGGUGCUGCUGAUGGGCCAUGAACGGGCCAAGAAGCAGGGUCUCCCCCGUUCCCCUGAGGUCCUCCUCUGCCCCAGCGUGCUAGAGCCUGCACCCAACCCUGACUGCCUGGUCGUCACCAUCCUGGAGGUGCCGGAGGAUGUGGCCCCACCGGAGGGCCUGGGCAGUCUGGACGUGGUGCGACUGUACCGCCCUGCCAGCCUGGGUGCGCUGCCCUGCCACAGCCCCGGGCAGAAGUGGCGCUCCUGGGGGUGGCGAGCUGUCCCCCGCUUCAUCCUGGGCGUCCUCUGCCUCCUCUACUUCAGCUCCCUGCCCUUCGGCAUCUACCUCCUGCUCAUCGAGCACCACAGCCUGGGCAUCGUCCUCGUCAGCCUUGUGCCCUGCACCCUCCUCCUCUGCAUCAUCUACAGCCUCUGCCAGUGUCUAUGCCGGGAGGUCUUCGGGUUCCCCCACUCCUGACCCCACAUGGCCAAGCCCUGUGCCUGCGCUGGGGAGGAUUUGGGCACCUUGGAGCGUUGUCCCUUGGGAUACGGGUGUUCCCCGAUCCAUGGCCAACCCACAGUGUGGCAGUGUGCCUGGACCACGGGGAGAUGCUCAGCAUCUGUUGCCUUCCCUUCCAGAACAGUGCGGGCUUUGUCGAGUGGGAGCCCACGUCAGAGCGGCUGCAGGAGCUCGUUGCAGCCUACAGGCAUUCAGGCUGGACCCUCAGCUCCUCAUCCUCCUCAUUGUCAUCCUCCUCCUCUUCCUCCUCCACAGCAGACAAAGAGCAGGAGCUGGGCCGAGAGCAAAGCAGCAGCCGGGAGGCUAAUCCCAACUAAGGAAGCGUGAAUGCUCGGUGCCCAGCGCCGCGGCUGGAGGGGCCCCGGCAGCUGGCCGCAGCCCGGUGCCAGCAGGAGAAGGACGGGCAGAGCCCGGGGGCUCCUGCGGCCGGACUGGCACCAGCACAGCUCUGCGGCCAUAGUGUAAAUAGUUCUGUCCGUGGCGCCCGUGCUCCUCGCAGGGCUGCUCCCAUCGCAUCCGUGUUUCUUUCCCACAUGUGUGAGUCCCGUGUUCGCUGACGCUGUGUACCGUAUAGGGGAGGAGUGGAGAAGAGGAGUUUCUUUGGUGUGUAAAGACGUCUUUGCAGCUGUUUUGUAGUCGUUGUGGUUUUUAUGCGGAGCCUCCGGGCUUUAUUUAACCUCCUUGGGUUUUGUUUUGUAAGGAUUAAUUUAACACCGCUAACCAUUUUAUUACUUUUAUCAAGAAGAGCAAAGUCUAUUUUUGAUUUCAGUUUCCUAGUUCUUAGGAAUAUUAAAAGCC